AUGAACACUGUCCUCUCCCUUCUCUUCGCCGGGUUGGCUCUCUCCUCUGCACAAGUUGCUAUUAAUGGACCAUUCUUGGGACGAUACUACGUGGCAGCUAAGCCAGUGUUGGCUCCAGGAGUUGCACCAAUCGCUGCACCAGUUGUGGCCGCUGCUCCACCAGUCUUCGCAGCUCCACCAGUUUUGGCUGCCCCAGCUCCACUUCUCGCUCCACCAGCUCCACUUUUGGCUCCACCAGCUCCAGUGCUCGCUGCCGCUCCAGCCUUCGCUGCUCCAGCUCCACUCUUCGCUCCACCAGCUCCAGUCCUUGCUGCCCCAGCUCCACUUUUGGCUCCACCAGCACCAGUGAUGGCUGCCCCAGCCCCACUUUUGGCUCCACCAGUCCCACCAGUCGCCCCAAUCGUCCCAGCUUUCGCUCCACGACCAGUCUUCGCUGCUCCAGCUCUCGCCCCAGCUCCAGUCGUUGCUGCUGCCCCAGCUUUCGCUCCAGCUUUUGCUCCAGCUCCAGUUGUUGCUGCUGCUCCAGCUUUUGCUCCAGCUCCAGUCCUUGCCCCGAGACCAGUCCUUGCUGCUCCAGCUUUGGCUCCAGCUCUCCCAGCAUUCGCUCCAGCUGUCCCAGCUUUUGCUCCAGCUCUCGCCCCAGCUGCUCCACUCGUCCCAGCCUACGCUCCAUUCGCCCGGUCUGCUUUCCUCAUCGGAGGAAACAAGGCCAAGAAGGUGUCCGAGUGA